GAUCUCAACUACCCACUCAGCCCACUAAAACUUUUCAUCGUCUUCUUCGCGAGAACCUUCUGAUAAAAUUCUCAAGAACCCUAAUUUCUUCAGAUCUUAUCACUCAAGUUUCUGAGAAAAUGAAGAUUGUUGACGCUAAUAUCCAUUUCCAGAAGUUGAAAGCCAAGUGCUCCUCACCAACGUUCUAUCAAUCCUAUCUGGAGAUGAUUGCUGCUCAAGAGCUCUCCGAAUUCCUUCAUAUGGAGAUUCGAUUCAAGUAUGAGAACGAAGUUCUUGAAUUCUACAAGAAUGGAAAGGUCAAGACUGUCAAAUCGAAGAAGGACCCACAGAGGACGAUUCAAGUCAUCAAUUCCACUGUUGGAGGGACCAAAGUGAAGCUUUCGCAGAAGAAAUUGGGAGAAAAGCUUCACCUUCCCAAUUCUGGAGUUGAAAUUGGGAGACUUCCAGCCAAGAAUCUGGAUUGGAAUAUUAUUGGAAUUUCUAGGCAAGCUCCCUCUGGCCCAGCGAAGAAAACUAAUCUGAACAACGACUACAAGCUAGUCCUUGAACUGGUCAUCGCAUGCCUCGAGUGUGGAAGUGGAGGACAUGCUGAUGACAUCACCCAAGAGAGGGCCUUCAUCAUCAAUGCCCUCAUUACCAAGUCUAAGGUAAAUUGGGCUGCACAUUUCUUCAAUUCCAUCUCAAAGCAUCUGGGAAAACCCAACCAGAAAUACCUUUGUCAAGGUCUGUACAUUGGACAUAUCUUGGAGUCCUUGGGUGCUGCUUCUGAAGGAAAGAAGUAUGAAGCCAGAUAUUGGCUAUACUAUCUGUCUUCCAAAGAGGAAAACAGAGCUGGUGCUAGCACAACUGCAAUGGAAAGUUCUUCAGAAAAUGUCCUUAUCAUGAGUCUGAACAAGUCAGUAAAGAGGAAGCAAGUGGUGUCUCCCUCUCCCAGUGCUGAAGCACCACAGAAUCUUGCUCUGAUCAAUCUUGAAGAAGAAAAAGAAAUCUCUGCCCAAGGAAAACUACAAUGGAAAAAGAAGAGGAAAAUCACCUCUCCCUCAACAUCUGGAUAUGUCAAUCCGGAUGAGUUGAAGGAGAAGGAACCAGCUGAGGAAACCUCUGCCCACAACCAGAGUCCUCAACAACUUGAAGAAGAAAUUCCUCAAGUUCAAAGCCUUCCAACCUCAUCACCUCAACCUCAAAUAGAUGAUGCUGAUAACCAAUUUUGGCAGCUCUACUAUGAUUGGAGAGCCUGGAAAGUUGGAAAUUCAGCAGAGCAACUGUUGGAUUGGGACCAACAACUGAAGAAUGAGAAGAUUAUCAAGAAAUGCCUAGGACUACCAGUCAACCAUAGCUGUGAAGAAAUCUUGGAUGACUACUGGGUAUGGAAAAGGAACCAAGAAGACCUGCAUCUGGAACACUUGGAUACCACACCAAUUUCAGAAUUUGAAGUGGAUGAUGAGGAUCCUGCAGUCUACAAACCAGUCCUCUCAAAAACCACAGAAGACCAGGUGGUUCUCACUUCUGAAGCACAGGCUAACUUGGAAGCAACAGCUGAGGAUUUCCAAAUAUUUCCGGAAACCUCAUCUGCCUUUGAAACUGUUCUACCUGAAGCUGCAGUCUCUACUCCACAAAAACAGAACCAGGAAGGAUCAAAUGAAGAACUUCAGCAACAUCUCUCGUCUCAAGAUCUUGAGAUUCUCACAAAUACUUGUGAGAUCUCCAACCAGUCUGAAACGGAGAUCCUGGAAAAGUCAGCAGAAAUUCCGGAGCAAUCAACUUUUCCAGAAACAAAUGAAGAGGAGCAAGCUGUAGAAGCCCAGAGAAGUUCUGCAGAAGCUGAGAAGGAAACUCAAAUGGCAGAACUGGAGGCCACUAAAUCUCCAGUAGCCAUUUUUGAAGAACAGAAUGAAGCUGAGGAAAGAGACUCCCUCUCUAGGGAUAUAUCAAAUUUUAUACUUGAGGAAGUAGAAGAAGAAUCUGAAAGGACUCUAAAGAUCAAUGAUGAAGAGGAAGUGCAAGAUGAUACUGAAUCUCUUCCUAUGCAACUUUUCCAAAGAACACUCUCUUCUCAUCAGGUAACCAACUUCCAUUUCCAUAGCUCUUCCAUUCCUACUCUUCCGGAUGAGGUACCGGAAACCUGGACAAAGAAGGUCCAAGGGUUGAUUGAAUCAGCCCUAGCAUCUCAACAUGCCUCCUUUAGGCAAGAGAUAGAGCAGAUGGAAUCCAGGUACAACAAACUGAUUGAGAAAUCCGAAGAGACACACUGCUCUAAUCUCAAGGAGAUAAGCAAAUUAGUGGAUAAGACUCUAGAGAUCAUUUCUCUAUUGAGUAACACUGUGAGCAACACGAUGGAGACAUAUGCAUCUGACAGUUAUCUUCAACUCAAGGAGGUUAACAAAAUCAGAGAGCAAAUAGCAAAUGUCACAGUUAGUCUACAAAAACAAAUGUCCAUUCUCCAAAUGGACAUCAGAGCAGCUCUGGCAGUGUCUUCAGCAAAUCAAGUAGUAACCAAAGACUACUUGAAGGUAAUCAUUGACAAUCAGAAGGAAGCACACAAAUUAUUCAGACUUCUUACCACAAAUUCUGGAAAUCGCAAGAUGGAAGUGGUUCUUCAACAACACAGUCCAUCCUUGAUUCCAGAGCUCCCUACUGUAGUCAAAGAAGGAGAAGUCUCUUACAUUCCUACGCAUUUAAACUUGACUGAUUUAAUCCUUGAAGCUCAGAGAAGUAAUCCGGAAAACUCAACACAGCGCCUAUCCAGCUCAGGAUUGGAUGGAACAGAGGCUGUAGGAACAAUUGCUUCUCACUUCUCAAAUGAUUACCAAACAGAGGAGAGACGCAACAACAUAAGGCGCAUCAAAGAACUAUGUGGAAACAUGCAAGGAAUCAGGGAGAUUGCCGGAUCUUCAAAGCGCAAGAAGCACUGAAGGUUUUUUUCAUCAAACCAGGGGGAAAGUAUGUGAAAACAUUAAUUUGCUUUGAUGAAAACACCUUCUUGUUUAAACAUUGCUUUAUUGGUUUAAACAUUGCCUUAAUAUUUCUCUUAAUUGUGCUUACUAUGCUUGAUUAUACCUAAUUCAAGUAUGAUUUUGAGAUUUAUUCCUAGCGCAUACAUUCAGGGGGAACUUAACUAGUUUUUUGCUAACAAUUGUUUUUUGCAAUGAAUUAUUGAUAAGCUC